AAAACGAAUCUCGGGUGGUUCUUCUUCUUCUUCUUCUUUUUAUUCGGGGGAUUCUUCUGUUUUUCUGAUUUGCAUAACUAUUUAAUGUGUUGUUUCCUUUUUAAUACCCUCCUUCCCUAGUUGAUAUACCAGUUGAUAUAUUAACAGAGACGCCCUCUUGGGACGUUUUGCAUUCAAUUCUUCUCUAAACAUCUAAUUAUGCAUGCGGAUGACGAUUACGAUGAUGACGGGCCGGACCUGGAGCUGCUGGAACUGCUCCGGCAGUCCCUCGGCCUAGGAGGAGGCAACUCAAAAACACCACCGCCAGCAGAGACAAAGGUGCUCGAGGGCGCAAAGUUCAUCUUUGACAACGCUAUAGAUGUUGCCCUUGACCCUAAGGGAACCAAGUCUGCUGCCAAAAAUAUUUGGAAGAUGAUGCAGGAAAAAGAAUACUCAACUGAGUCAUGGUCAGCCCAUGAGCUGCAUCCAAAAGCUAAAGACGAGUCCACUGUCAAUUUUAUAUUCACCAUGGACCUACUCAACUUCAGUUUCUGGUCUGAACUUGAUGCAUCGAAGAGAUUUGCGGUUGAGUAUCGCGGUAGGAAAUGGACCGGUUAUUGGAGUCUGGUCGCGGCCUUGCAGAGGGCCCUUGAUGAGGAGAUACCCAUUACGAGCUCCGACUUUUGGCAAGAUGAAAACGAGUGCACGGAUGAAGUGCUGAGGCAUGUUUUCCGGUCUGCUACGGAUGAAGAGAUUCCUCUACUUCAGGAACGCAUCGCCUGUCUACGAGAAGCAGGAUCAGUUCUUUAUGAGAAAUAUGAUUGUAGCUUUACCAACUGCAUUGAGGAAGCCAAUGGUUCAGCAGCAGCUUUGGUCAAUCUCCUGGCUCAAAACUUCCCUUGCUUCAGAGACGAGACUGAGUUUUCCGGGAAGAAAGUCCGGUUCUACAAGCGGGCUCAGAUUCUCGUUGCUGAUUUAUGGGCUUGCUUCCAAGGCCAGAGUUACGGAGAGUUCCAUGAUAUAGACAAAAUUACCAUGUUUGCCGGUAUGCUCCCUUAAUACUCAUCGUAUCUUUGAUUUAUCAACUCUCUAAUCAUAUAUAAGAUUAUCGUAUCCCUCAAAUGCUUAACCAGCUUGGUUGUCUGCUCUUCUCUCCGCCGCUGGAGAGUGUUAUUCGGCAGCGCAAGCUCAUACCUAGUGGCCAUCAGCGGGAGGUCGAGCUUCGUGGUGCCAGUAUCUGGGGCGUGGAGCUAAUAAGACGAGAAAUACAAGAGCUUCAACGACAGAGGAAUGGCCAUCAUGAAGCUAAUGGAUCCAAACCUUUACACAUCAACGCCAUCUUGAUCGACUUUUUCUUGUACGAUAUGGUCAAGGAUAUGGAAGCGGACGGGAAAGAGACUAUGCCCCAUCAUCGGACAAGAAGUAUCUGGUACUAACCCUUGUCUUCUCAUACUUUCACUUCUUCACUUCAUCUCCAUUCUCUGCCCUCAUAGAUUUUAACCAAUAGACCAUGAAACAUUUUAAUGUCUUGCAAUAAGCUUUCUUCCAUUGCGGUGGCACUUAUUCAAACAAUUAUUUCUCAAAAAGCCUGGGUAUGGUGCUCCGUACUCCAAAUAUGCUACAGGUAAAAAAUGUUGCAGGUUUCCUGGGUAUGUCCA